CUGAACGUCAUUUGAACUCCAGUCAUCAUCAGAAGCUUUUCAGCAACCGUGAGCACGGCUGGCUGAAAGACACAUGCGCCAGUCCUUGACUAAGAGGAGCAUACCAACUAUCUGAAUACCCCUUGGUCCCAAAUCACCAUCUGUUAAUGCGCGUUUUGCUAUCUCUUCUGCGGAGAAACGGUUUUAAAACUAUUCGGAACUUCCAUGAUGCUUGGAGCAGUUAAAAUGGAAGGACACGAACACACAGAUUGGAGCACAUACUACGGAGAACCCGAGUGUUAUACCUCGGUUGGCAACAUGAACACCGGCCUGGGCAUGAACUCAAUGAACACCUACAUGAGCAUGUCGGGCAUGGGUACGACGGCCAACAUGACUGCCAACUCCAUGAACAUGUCUUACGUCAACACGGCCAUGAGCCCCUCCAUGACCGGCAUGUCACCGGGCACCGGAGCAAUGAACGGCAUGGGUGUAGGAAUGACAGCCAUGAGCGCCGCGCUCAGCCCCAACAUGAGUCCCAUGACCGCGCAACCUCCACCAAUGAACUCCCUGUCGUCCUAUGCCAACAUGAACGCUAUGAGCCCCAUGUAUGGACAGUCAAGCAUCAACAGAUCUAGGGACCCAAAGACUUACAGGAGGAGCUACACCCACGCCAAGCCUCCGUACUCUUACAUUUCUCUCAUCACUAUGGCUAUCCAACAGUCCCCCAGUAAGAUGCUGACACUGGCUGAGAUCUAUCAGUGGAUAAUGGACCUUUUCCCGUUCUACCGACAGAACCAGCAGCGCUGGCAGAAUUCAAUUCGGCACUCUCUAUCGUUCAAUGAUUGUUUCCUUAAAGUGCCUAGAUCCCCGGAUAAGCCCGGCAAGGGCUCAUUUUGGACCCUCCACCCGGAUUCAGGAAACAUGUUCGAGAAUGGCUGCUAUCUGAGAAGGCAGAAGCGGUUUAAGUGUGACGGUCAAAAGAAGAUGUGCAAGGAGUCUGGGCGUAAGACAUCAGAAGGCGGCUCCAACAGCAGCUCGGAGAGUUGCAACGGAAACGAGUCCCCCCACUCCAACUCAUCCUCCAACGAUCACAAAAGGUCUCUGUCAGACAUGAAGUCGUCCACCCAGGCGCUGAGUCCGGAACACGCCGCCUCACCGGUGUCCCACUCCCAGGGGCAUGGACACCUCAUGUCCCAACAUCACUCAGUUCUUGCUCACGAAGCGCACCUGAAACCCGAGCACCACUACUCGUUUAAUCACCCUUUCUCCAUCAACAACCUAAUGUCAUCGGAGCAACAGCAUCACAAAAUGGACUUAAAGACUUACGAGCAGGCGAUGCACUAUUCCGGCUAUGGUUCCCCAAUGUCGGGGGCGCUAUCCAUGGGUUCAAUGGGAAAAACGGGCUUAGAUUCCUCGUCAAUACCCACUGAGGCAUCUUACUAUCAAGGUGUAUACGCCAGGCCUAUUAUGAACUCCUCAUAAACUCUGCCCUCAAACCUCAAAACGGACCCUUUUCAGUAAUUUGUACAUUUGUAAAAUUGAAGUGUGUGCAUAUGUAGGCCUAUUCCAGAUAUUUUUGACGUUUCCCACUGAUUUAGUUGUCAAGUUGGUUUAGUAAUUAUUUUGUAAAGGGAUGUUAAUAAUAAUGUGACUAAAUCUGUUUAAAAGGCGGCUUUGAGAAUGACCAAAAGAUGAUUAGCCUACUGUAAAAUAUAGGCUACCGGCAUUCUGAAAUGAAUUUCAAUGCAUCCGGCAGGAGACUGAAAUUCUUCAGUAAUUUGUGUACUUCUUAUUUAUGGCUUGUAUGUAUUAAAUGUGCAUUAUUGUAGUUGACAA